AUGGCGGAUGCGCUUGGAGCUCUGUUGGAGGCGAGCUUGGAUCCCAGACGGAACAAGGAAGCCGAGCAAGCCCUUCGACAGGAAGAACAGAAGCCGAACUUUUCGCUACAACUCCUUCAAAUCACAGCGUCUGCGUCCCAGCCCUACAAUAUCCGUCUUGCCAGCGCCCUUUGCUUCAAGAACUUCAUUAAGCGCAACUGGACGAAUGAGGAUGGAAACUACAAGCUGCCGGAGACGGAGGUUGCGACGAUCAAGCGUGAGCUGAUCACCUUGAUGAUCUCGAUGCCUUCAGGAAUCCAGUCUCAGCUGGGCGAGGCCGUCAGUGUGAUCGCUGACAGUGAUUUCUGGGAACGAUGGGAAACACUUGUGGAUGACCUUGUUUCCAAGCUGUCGCCGUCCGAUCCUACCGUCAACGUCGGCGUGCUGCAGGUCGCACACUCCAUUUUUAAGCGCUGGCGCCCACUUUUCCAGUCCAAUGAGUUGUACAUGGAGAUCAACCAUGUCCUGGAGAGGUUUGGCACACCAUUCCUGUCACUCUUUGAGUCCCUCGAUAAUUACCUUGAGCAAAAUAAGACCAACAAGGAGAACCUCACGCAAGGUUUCACCCAACUCAACUUGAUGAUCAAGCUGUUUUACGAUCUCUCCUGCCACGAUCUGCCUCCCGCGUUCGAGGAGAACAUCGCCGGAAUCUCCACAAUUCUCCUCAAGUAUUUGACAUAUGAUAACCAACUUCUUCAUACCGAUGACGAUACAGAGGCCGGUCUGCUGGAAUAUGUGCGUGCUGGAAUUUUUGAGGCCCUGACUAUGUACGUCCAGAAGUACCUGGAUGCUUUCGGCCCGCAUGUUGGACAGUUCAUCCAGAGCUCGUGGGGCUUCUUGACGACCAUCGGCCAGGAGACCAAGUACGAUAUUCUUGUCAGCCGGGCUCUGCACUUCUUGACGUCAGUCGCUAGCAUGCCCGAGCAUGCUGCUUCAUUCCAGGCUGAGGAGACCCUGGGCCAGAUUGUCGAAAAGGUUAUCCUGCCAAACAUCAGUCUGCGGGAGUCCGAUGAGGAGCUCUUCGAGGACGAGCCUAUCGAAUUCAUCCGUCGGGACUUGGAGGGAUCCGACAGCGAAACUCGCCGUCGCGCGGCAACCGACUUCUUGCGUCGCCUGGCCGAAAAGUUCGAGGAAGCUGUGACUAAGGUUGUUCUCAAGUAUACCGAGGGCUACCUGGCUGAAUUCGCCAAGGACCCUGCGUCCAACUGGAAGGCCAAGGAUACUGCAACCUACCUCUUCUCUGCUAUUGCGGCCAAGGGUCAGGCAACCUCUACCCACGGUGUCACUGCUACCAACAACCUGGUCAGCAUCACCGAUUUCUUCCAGCAAAAUCUUGCUGCCGAUCUGAUUACCGAAGAUGGCAUCCACCCCAUUCUCAAGGUGGACGCAAUCAAAUAUCUUUACACCUUCCGCAGUAUCAUCACUAAGGAGCAGUGGCAAGGUGUCCUCCCCGUUCUGGUCAAGCACCUGGCCUCGCCAAACUACGUUGUCUACACCUAUGCCGCCAUCGCCGUUGAGAGAGCUCUGUUCCUCAGUGAUGCUCAGGGCCAGCCCGUCAUUCCUCCGGUUGAGAUUACCCCUCUGUCCAAGGACCUUCUGGAGCACAUCUUCACCCUAAUCCAGAGCGACCCGACUCCUCAGAAGGUGCAAGAAAAUGAGUUCCUGAUGCGCUGCGUCAUGCGAGUGCUGGUCGUCAUCCGCGAGGGUGUCGUACCUUUCACAGAUAUUGCGCUUCAGCGCUUCAUCACCAUCACUCAGAUCAUCAGCAGCAAUCCCAGUAACCCACGGUUCUACUACUACUUCUUCGAGGCCAUGGGAGCCUUCAUCCGAUACGCCGCUCCUGCCAACCCCGACAAGCUCGAGCAGGCUUUCUACGCUCCCUUCGCCAGCAUCCUCCAGGGUGACGUGCAGGAAUUCAUGCCUUACGUCUUCCAACUUUUCGCUGCCCUGCUCGAGGCCAAUUCUUCCGCCACUCUCCCAACCUACUACCAGGAGCUGAUUGGGCCUAUUCUGAUGCCCGUCAUGUGGGACUCGAGGGGCAACAUUCCCGCACUUGUCCGUCUGCUUUCCUCAAUUAUUCCUCGGGGCUCUCAGUACAUUGCCGAGAACAACCAGAUUGAGCCGAUUCUGGGUAUCUUCCAGAAGCUGGUCUCCACUAAGGCGAACGAGGCCUAUGGCUUUGAUCUCUUGGAGACUUACUUCGUGUCCAUCAUGCAGAUCAUCCUCCAGCGCCUGCAAAACUCCAAGACCGAGACCCUCUCUAUUCGUUUUGUGCGGUUCUACCACUUUUUGACUGCCCACGACGACAAGGGAUAUGAUCCCGACUUCGUCAUGCAAGUCACAGAGCAGAUCCAGGAGGGUCUUUUCACCCCCGUCUACCUGAAGGUUAUUCUGCAGGACACCCAGAAGUUGGCCCGACCCCUGGACCGCAAGACUGCCGUUCUCUCCCUGACUAAGACCGUCGCCAACUCGGAGGCCUUUGCCACCAAGUACUCACAGAAGGGCUGGGGCUUCACCGUCAGCGCCCUGCUCAAGCUUCUCGAGCUUCCGCCGGAUGUUACCCACAAGGACGAUGUGAACGCCGAGGUCGACAUCGACCAGAUGGCCUUUGGCGUUGGAUUCACCCCGCUGAACACCAUCCGUGCAUCCCCUAAGGACCCAUGGCCUGAGACCGGUGCGGACCUCAAAGCUUGGGUUGGCACCUACCUGAAAGAGGCCGACAAGAAGCACGGUGGACGUGUGUCGCAGAUGGCUCAGUCCCGUCUCGACGACCAGGCUAAGGCUGUUCUGAGCAGCUACAUCUCCUAA